AUGACCGUCAACACAACCAAAAUCGACGCCCCGUUUCGUGAAGCAGUAGGCGCUUUAAUGCACUUGAUGACCGCGACACUACCGGACAUUGUCUUUGCUGUGAGUUACGUUUCGUGCUUCGUGGAAAACCCCCAAGUCGAGCAUCGGAUGGCGGUCAAGCGCAUUUUGCGAUACUUUCAAGGGACUAAGUCGCACGGCAUCUGUUUCAAGUCUGAUGACAAGAUAGACUUCUGCGGCUACUCGGAUGCAUACUGGGCCGGCGACCAUGCAGACCGCAAGUCGACUUCGGGAUAUGCGUUCAUCCUGAUGGGUGCUCCGGUGAGCUGGGGAAGCAAAAAGCAGUCAAGGGUGUCGCUGUCAACAAAUGAAGCUGAGUACAUUGCACUAAGUCUGACGAUUCAAGAAGGCAAGUGGGUGCAUCGAUUGCUGUGCGAGAUUCUGGAUGCCGUAGAGGACAAGUCUGGACCCGAGCUCAAGAUCACGGAAGAUAACCAAUCGUGCAUCAAGAUGACGAACAAUCCUGUGAACCAUGGUCGGGCCAAGCACAUCGACAUCAAGUACCAUCACAUUCGUGAUGAGGUCAAGUGCGGCGAAGUCAAGCUCAAGUACUGUGAGACUACGGCGAUGUUAGCAGACAUCAUGACCAAGGGACUUCACGGACCGCGUCACAAGGAGAUGACAGAAGCGCUUGGCAUCCGCACGUGUUUGCAUUGA